GUGAGAGAAGGUGGCUUUUGGUUUAUGCUGUAAUUCUGUAUAAGUAACUGCACAAAGUUACCUGAACCCAAAAGCAGCAUUUACACAGUCUUGGAACAAAGCUCUGGGGUCAUUAACAGCAUAUUUUAAACUUUCCUGACAAUUUUUAACUUGGCCUGUAGUAAGCAUGUGUCACAAAUGAGAAAUCAAAGAUAAGAAGCUGUUCCAGUGGCUGCACAGUGAAGAUAGUCAGCCACGAUGGGGAAGCUGGUGCCUCACCACUAUGCGAGAACGGCAGCUGUGCAGACAGUUUGUAAACUGGCUUCUUGGAUUUAACUUUAACUUUGUCUUAACUUGUUGCAAACAAGGCAAAGGGCAGCCUUACUGAGCCUAAAAAUUUGUUGCUUUGUUAUCUCAGAUGAAAUCCUUAUUUCUCAAACUUUGUCAGUCUAGAUUAAAAAAUUACUUAUUGCUCCAAGGACCUUAUAAUACAGCCAGAAGGAUGAGGGGCAAAGGUGGAUUAGGAAAACAGCCUUGGAGGUGAAGCAGUUCGCAGCACAAAAGGAAGACCCUUCCUGAUUCUCAUCUUCUCCCAAGCUGCUCCCUUCUAGAAAGUCUGAGAUUCUGCUCUGAAGAAACUUAGUCAACACAGAGUUUUGCAAGGAACUGUAGCUAUUGGCAUUCUUUAAAAAAAAACAAAAAAAAACCACAGAAACAACAGAAAAAAACAGCUUCUCUUCAAUGAUAGCAGAAGAGCUUAACAAUCUGCUUUCUACAUUUCUACAUGCCAUACACAUGCUGGGAGCAAAGGAACAGUAGAUAUGCUAGCAGACCCCCAUCCGCACUCAAAGGCAAGUUGGAGGAGGAAGUAAAUGUCUACAACAGCAAAAUGGAAACCCCCAUGAUCUUCCGCGAUGAACGAUUGGGCGCCCAUAGCGAAGGAGUACGACCCUCUGAAAGCGGGGAGCAUCGACGGCACGGAUGAGGAGCCCCACGACCGUGCUGUGUGGAGGGCCAUGCUGGCGCGUUAUGUCCCCAACAAGGGCGUCACCGGAGAUCCUCACCUCACCCUGUUUGUAGCGAGGCUCAAUCUGCAGACAACGGAGGAGAAAUUAAAGGAGGUCUUUUCCCGAUAUGGAGACAUCAGAAAGAUCCGUCUGGUUCGAGAUCUGGUCACGGGAUUUUCCAAGGGUUAUGCAUUUAUCGAGUACAAGGAAGAACGCGCUCUGCUGAAGGCCCAUAGAGAUGCCAACAGGCUGGUUGUCGAUCAGCACGAGGUCUUUGUAGACUUCGAACUGGAAAGAACUCUCAAAGGAUGGAUUCCUCGGAGGCUUGGAGGCGGUUUUGGAGGCAAAAAAGAAUCCGGGCAGCUGCGGUUCGGAGGACGGGACAGACCUUUCCGGAAACCCAUUAAUUUGCCAAACGUGAAAAAUGAUUUCUAUGGAGAAGGCUCAGCAGAGAAAAGAAACUGGUCUCGAGAGGGAGCAAGGGACUGGAGAACAAGAGACCGAGAGCAUGAAAGGAGCAGAGAGAAGAGAGGGCCAGAAAGAGAGCGGUCGUGGGGUUGGGCUGACAGUGAGAGAGAAAGAGACUCGAAAGAGGAGAGGAGCAGAGGGAGAGAGAGGAAGGACAGAGACAGAAAGGACAGAGAGAGAGACAGGAGCAGGGAAAGAGAUGCCAAGAAGCAAAGAGAUGAUGAUAAGCAUCGAUAGCUGGCAGCACCUUGUCUUAAGGGAAUGAUGGGAAGUUUGAGUAUGGUGACUACUCUUUUCUGUCUCUAAGUAGCGUGACCCUUAAUGCUGCCUGGGGGCAUGCCUCUGCUGUCAUGGUGAAUGAACUGGUAUGGAGGAGGUGAUGCAGGAAAAAGCUGUACCUUCUGGAGGAUGUGGACAUGACUCUGUUGUAGGUGUCACCUUCAGCGUGGGGCUGUGAGCUACAUUACCCAAACAAGCAGUGUUCAUGUUAUUGUCUUGUGCCCUUGAUGUUUAUCUGCUAGAAGCUCUCUAUAGAGUGGUUCCUAGUGCAAUUGUUCUUCAGAGAAAUUAAACUUUUCUAUUAAUAUUUUAAA